AUGACUAUUUGCGUAUCAGAAGCCGAGAAAUAUCAGAAGGGUUUUUAUAAAGGAAAGAAGAAGCAACAGCCGCAAAAGCAAAAGCCGAAGCAGAUGCUGAGCCCGAAAAAUGGUGAGUCUGAUCAAAAGUCUAAGAUCAAGCCCCAAAUCAAGGGUUCGCUGGAGUUGUCUAAAUUCGUCAAGAAGGAUGUGCCAAUGUCUUUAUAUAAGGUGUUCAAGAAAGUGCAUAAAAGUGACAAGAAUUUAGACAAGAAGAGCUUUUUGAAGUCGUUGAAGUUGACGCUCAACAAAAAUGGUAGCUGGUCCAUAUCCCCUUAA